AUGGGAAGCUUCACAUCAAAACAUCACCGUCUGCUUCCCGUCCAUCAUGCCACGUGUGGUCCGGUCAAAGGUGUUGGAUAUGAUCAGGAGGAUGGUUCGGUUGUAGAAGGAUAUCUCGGAAUUCCAUACGCAGAACCACCAGUUGGUCCACUGAGAUUCAAGAAACCUGUCGCUCACAGAGUAUGGGAGGAGCCAUUGGAAUGUAUAAAGUUUGGACCGAGAUGUCCACAGAACGAUGAGCUUCUCGGGCAGUUUGUGAAUACAGUUGGUAAGAGCGAGGAACACUGUCUGAGUCUCAAUGUUUUCACUCCAAAAUGGGAGUCUGAUGAGUGGCCAAAUGGAUUUCCCGUGAUGGUAUUCAUCCAUGGUGGUGGAUUCUCAGUUCACUCUUCGAGUAACUACGGAUGUGCCACAAUUGCCAGAAAUCUGUGUACCAAAGAUGUAGUUGUUGUAACAAUCAAUUACCGUCUUGGAGUUCUUGGAUUCUUCACAACUGGAGAUGAAGUUUGUCCUGGAAACCUAGGAUUAUGGGAUCAGACUGCGGCACUUCAAUGGGUUCGAAAUCAUAUCUCAAGUUUCCGAGGAGACCCAAAUAAUGUGACAAUAUUCGGACAGAGUGCUGGUGGAGCAUCUGUUGAUUUAUUAUGUUUAUCUCCGCAUUCGAGGAAGUUAUUCCAUAGAGCAAUUCCGAUGGCUGGAAAUGGAGAAUGUGAUUUUGCAGUGAGGACAAGUGAACAACAAGCUACACUAUCCAAAGAGUUUGCAAGAUUUCUCGGUUGGGAUGGAGAUGAUGACGACAGUGAGGAUUUACUCCGUUUCAUCGAUGAACAACCUCUUUAUAAAAUAGAAAUGGGUAUCAAUCCAAAACGUGGAUUUAGAACUUCACAAGCUGGAAGUCUCUAUUUUGUACCCAAUUUCGAUGGUGACUUCUUUCCAAAACCACUGUCACAGUUGAGAAAAGAAGUCCCAAAAAUGCAAUUGAUGACGGGCACAACGAAGUAUGAGGGACUGUUUUUCAUUGCCCUCGGAGCCUUGUCUAGAAAUCCGGAAGGAAUUAAAAAGUUCAUGAGUCGAAUUUUCAAAGAAUGUGACUACGGAGAGCAUGCGGAUCAAGUGCUUCAGAUGACGUACGACUUCUAUUUCAAAGGAGUUCAUCCGAAAGAUCAGGAGAAGAAUGUGCAUCAGAUUGUGAAAUUCAUCGGGGACUACUCAAUCAACUACGGCACGUAUCGUUUAGCCAACAUGAUGUCAGAAUUCGGUCAUGAUGUCUACUUUUAUCAAUUCGAGUAUCACAACCCCGGAGGAUUUGGAGUUUUCCGGUGGCUUCUACCGUUUUUAGGAUCCACGCACUGCACAGAGAUGCGUUAUAUUCUUGGAAAAGGGAUAAUUUCCAAGUUUAAACCAAAUGAGAAUGAUAAGAAAAUGCUUGAAACAAUGACUACGUAUUUCACAAACUUUGCUAAAUAUGGGAAUCCAAAUGGACAAACGACAAAUGAAGAACCCGGUGAAUGGGAGAAACACGAUUCGUUCACUCCGUUCCGUCACUUCAAAAUUGACAUAGAAGACUCAGAAAUGGUGGAAGAUUAUCAGGAUAGGAGAGCAGAAUUAUGGGAUAAAUUGAGAGCUUUGAAUAUUAGUAGAGCACAAAUGUGA